AUGGCUCACGCUGCGAAACUUGGUGCCCUUACCGAUGACUUGAUUGCAGCCAUCAGCCCCUCUACUCCUCGUGUACCCAGNAGAGAUGCCCGACAACUCAGGUACCUCAAGGAUUCUGCUCUGAGGACUUUCAAAACACAACACCAUGUCCGUGUCAAUCAAUUCGAAAUCGAUGCAAAACUCGAAGGCUUGCUGGAGAAGUUUUAUGUCCUGAACAAUGAGCCCCUAGCGGACGCUCUCAAACCUCGUCUUGAUGAGCUGGCCGCUAUACCCAACAAAUGGAGACCUGAAGUUUUGGCUCUCUUGCUGGCUCUCUCCGACCGCCCAGCUGAGAAGACCAACAUUGACAAAGCUCUGGAGAUAGUCCCUGAUGAACCCGUCGAACAACAACUGACAUGGGCCGAAAUUAUUGCCGAUGAUCCACUCGACGAAGAGGGCAUCUGGGAAGACGUCGAAUACGAAUCUGAUUACUCGGAACAUCGCGCACCCAGUCUCAGCGACGAAUCUAUUGGUGAACCAACCACAUCUACUUCUGUGUCGUCUCUUGAUGAACAGGAUAUGGCUAGCUUGGCUCGUGUGUUCAUUGUUCCCAUGGACCAUGAAGUCUUUGACCAGGUCAAAGAUCUGCGUGAUCGCAUGACGAGCAUGCAUUCUGGCUCAGAGCUCACAGAGCUACAAGUCAUCCGACAAGUACUGUUAAUGCUCCAUGGACUCCCCACAGAUCUGUUUGAACUUGGGGCUAGCGGUCGUGUUCGGACAAGACACUCUUGCCGCAUAGCAAACAUCGCGCCAUCAACAUUAGACCGCGUUCUGCAAGAGUUUGCCUUGCUUGGGUCACAUAUCACCGUCGUCCGAAGAUUUGUCGCAUCUAAUCAACAGAGUGUGGUCUUGCAAAGUUUUCAAGCUGCAGUACAAACACGAUUGAGCGAGCUCGGUCGAACGCUGUCGGGCGUUGAGCAAGGCUUUCUUCAGCAAGAGAGCUCGACAGUGGGGAGUCUUCUGGAUGUGCAUGCUGAGGUUGAUCGUGUCGCAAAACCAUUCGUUCGCCUUGGAAAUCUAAUACCAGAUGAUGUUCACAAGCAUAAUGUUCGAGCACUACAACUGCUCAACAACCUGUUUGAACAAGCCUGUAAUCUUCAACUGACUGGCGAAGUUGAAGAAAGCACAAAAAUCGCCGAUCUUCUGUUCAAAUGCCUAGAACCAUAUCUUCGUCCUGUUAGGCUAUGGAUGACCGAGGGCAAGCUCAUCGCUUCGAACGAAUUGUUCUUCGUACGAUCUGACGAUGGAAAUUCUGACCGUGGAUCAAUAUGGCAUUCUCACUUCACGCUGCUCAAACAAGCCGAUGGUUCCAUCUUUGCACCCGAUUUCAUGCAAAGCCUAGGCGAAAGGAUCUUCAGGGCUGGCAAGAGUGUCAUGUUCCUUGAGGCCCUCGGACAUAAGCCAGAUGUUCAUGAGCGCGGUACACAAAACCUAGACAUCGCUCGGAUCAUGCAAUCAGCGGACAAUACCUUGCUACCAUUUUCGGAGCUUUUCAAGCUAGCCUUGAACCGCUUCGCCGAUGCAUUGGAAGGGGAGGAGACCAAGCUCCUGCGCCAGAUCUUGAUGUCACAGUGUGGUCUUCAAGCAACUAUUGGCGCGAUCAACCAUCUAUACUUUGGUGUCAAUGGUGCAUACUUUCAGAACUUUGCUUACGGCAUUUUUCAGCGCAUGGAUAGGGGCAGUGGCUGGGACGAUCGCUUCCUGUUGACCGAAUUGGCACAAACCGCUUUCGAAACUGUUGAUGCUGUCAUGUCUGACCACAUUACUGUUCGUGUCAAGCCUGCUAAUGAUCAGAAACCUGCUUCAUCGCAUGAUCGGCGUGCAGACAUACUGAGUCGCAUCGUUGUUGAUUAUUCAAUUCCAUGGGCCCUACAGAACAUCCUCACCAAGCAAACUCUAGCAGCUUGCCAACAAGCAUUCACACUCCUACUACGACUCUACCGCGCUCAAUUCCUGCUCCACCAACAAGAAUGGACGCUAACCAUUAUAACCAACCACUCCAAAGACCAGAACAUCAAAGACCUGCUCUCUCUUCGCCACCACCUUUCUUGGUCUGCAGCGACCCUGAAAAGCUAUGUCUGUGAGGUGCUUUCCGUCACAUUUGCACAACUAUCUCUGCAUCUCGAGCAAGCGACAGAUGUAGACGCUAUAAUUGCAGCUUUCCAUACUUUUCAACUCGACCUCACCACCAAACUCCUUCAACAGGAGAACUUGGCACCGAUACAAGCUUCUAUACUGUCUAUACUAGAGCUCUACGAGGAUCUGGCACUGGAAUGGAGGGAUGCGGUCAAAUCGAUCAGUAACCGUGCGUCCAACCCUACACCUCGUCAACUGGUCAUACAGCAGAACUUUUCAGCUCGGAGGGAUGGGUCUGAAGUCGACGAGACGGCGGAUUUGACGGAUGAUGACGAUGAGGAUGAGGAUGAUCUUCAUGGACAACAUGGUCAAAGAUCUGUCUUGAGCAUUCCAAGCUUACUCAAGGAAUAUACCAGACAAUUGUCAUUUUUACUCGCUGGACUGCGCAGUGUAAGCAGGAUCGAGGGCGAGCCGGCUUGGAUUAUGCUGGCGGAAAGACUGUCGUGGGGAGUUGUGGCUACAGAUAGGCGGUGA